AUGGAGUCAGGGGCCCCAGGCACCACGACGCGAUGCACCUCCCUGUCGGGCUCCGCUUUCCCAGCCCCGGCGUCCAUUAUCGAGGGGCGCGGCGUCCUUGAGCACCUAGCCAACGUCCGGCGGCAGCCCUCGAACGGGCCCGGCCCCUCCCAGGACCUCGAGAACGCCUGGAACGACUUCCAGGACACCCGCAACGCGGCGCGGACGGGCAUCACCGUCAUCAGCGUCGGCGCCAUCGUCGGCAUCAUUAUCGGCGCCGUCGCCUUCAUCGCCCUCAUCGUCGCCAUCUGCCUGCUGUGCAAGCGCCGGAGGCGCGUCGCCCGCGGGGCCGGUAGCGCCGCCAACGAGUUCCGUUACGGUGCCGGCUGGGGCGGCGGGCACAAGGAGGGGCACCCCUACCCCCACCACCACUACGGCGGGCACCCCAACCCGGUUGUCAACAAUGUCAACCCGGCAGCGCACACAACCGUGCCAGCCGCGUCGUACGGGGCGGCGCAUAUAUAA